AUGAUAAAAUUAUCAGCACUCGCUAUUAUCUUCUUGGUUCUAGUUAGUACGGCGACGACGGCUAUUGUUCCGGGAACAUACUUUGAUCGCUUUUUUUUUAUAAUUUUCGAAAAUACAAAUUUUGAUGCGGCGACACAAAACAGUUAUCUAAAAAGCUUGAUCAGCCGUAACAAUAGCGUCUUUCUGAGCAGUUAUUCUGGUAUUGCGCAUCCAUCCCAGCCCAAUUACAUUUCAACGAUUUACGGUUCAACUGCUGGUAUUACUGACGACGGAGUGCAUGACGUGGAUGGAAAUAAUUUAAUUGAUCUUUUGGAAGCCAAAGGGAUAAGUUGGAAGGCCUAUAUGCAAGAUUAUCCUGGUAAUUGUUUCACAGGUGCAAAGUCUGGGCUCUACGUACGAAAACAUAAUCCGUUUAUCAGUAUGACAGACAUCAGCUCCAACUCUGCACGCUGUGCAAAUAUCGUUAACGCCGACGGAAUUGACACCGACCUGGCUUCACAAGAAGGCUUGCCACAAUUCUCUUAUUACGUCCCAAAUUUACAAAAUGAUGGCCAUGACACCGGCUUGGACUUUGCCAUGAACUGGUUCCAACCUUGGUUUGAAGAGAGACUCAAAAAUCCAAACUUUGCUAAUGGCACACUGUUUUUCAUCACUUUCGACGAGGACGAGACGCUUUCCAAUCAUAUCUUUUCUAGUCUCCUCGGUACUCCUGUUACAUCGGGCACUCAUGAGGAUACUACACAAUAUACCCAUAAUUCGGUAUUGAAAACUCUUAUAGAUAACUGGAAUUUGGGCAGUUUGGGUCGGAACGAUGUCAAUGCAACCGCGUUUACUCAAUUUUUACAACAUCCUUAG